AUGGGCAGCACCCACCCUUGUCCCUGGCUGCGGCUUCUCCGACCUGGGCCCCAGCCGCGGCCCGCGCUCUGCGCGCUCCUGUUCUUCCUGCUGCUGCUGGCUGCCGCCCUGCCCAGGUCUGCACCCAACGACAUUCUAGGCCUCCGCCUUCCCCCGGAGCCCGUGCUGGAUGCCAACACCGUGUGCCUGACAUUGCCCGGCCUGAGUAGGCGGCAGAUGGAGGUUUGCGUGCGCCACCCUGACGUGGCCGCCUCGGCCAUCCAGGGCAUCCAGAUCGCCAUCCACGAAUGUCAGCACCAGUUCCGGGAUCAGCGCUGGAACUGCUCUAGUCUCGAGACUCGAAAUAAGAUCCCCUACGAGAGUCCCAUCUUCAGCAGAGGUUUCCGAGAGAGUGCCUUCGCAUAUGCCAUCGCUGCGGCCGGCGUAGUGCACGCAGUUUCCAAUGCCUGUGCCCUGGGCAAACUGAGGGCCUGCGGCUGUGAUGCAUCCCGACGCGGGGAUGAGGAGGCCUUCCUUCGGAAGCUGCACCGCUUACAGCUGGAUGCACUGCAGCGGGGUAAGGGCCUGAGCCACGGGGUUCCCGAGCUCCCAGCCCUGCCCCCGGCUAGCCCUGGCCUGCAGGACUCCUGGGAGUGGGGCGGCUGCAGCCCUGACGUGGGCUUUGGGGAGCGCUUCUCUAAAGACUUUCUGGACUCCCGGGAGCCUCACAGAGACAUCCACGCACGCAUGAGACUCCACAACAACCGAGUUGGUAGACAGGCCGUGAUGGAGAACAUGCGGCGGAAGUGCAAGUGCCACGGCACCUCGGGCAGCUGCCAGCUCAAGACCUGCUGGCAGGUGACUCCGGAGUUCCGCGCGGUGGGGGCGCUGCUGCGCAACCGCUUCCACCGCGCCACCCUCAUCAGGCCGCACAACCGCAACAGUGGCCAGCUGGAGCUGGGUCCCGGGGGCGCUCCCUCUCCGGCCCCGGGCGGCCCCGGGCCUCGCCGCCGGGCCAGCCCUGCAGACCUGGUCUAUUUCGAGAAGUCGCCCGACUUCUGCGAGCGCGAGCCGCGCCUGGACUCGGCGGGCACGGUGGGCCGCCUGUGCAACAAGAGCAGCGCGGGCCCCGACGGCUGCGGCAGCAUGUGCUGCGGCCGGGGCCACAAUAUCCUGCGCCAGACGCGCAGCGAGCGCUGCCACUGCCGCUUCCACUGGUGCUGCUUCGUGGUCUGUGAGGAGUGCCGCAUCACGGAGUGGGUCAGCGUCUGCAAGUAG